CAAAUGCAUCGUAAAUCACAUUUUUUCACUAUCAGAUGAUAGCUGCAUCACUAAUCUGACGAAUAUAACGACGAGUCUCAUGAACUGUGAAGCCACCACACACUUUAGACUUAAGAGGCUGUGCAUGUGUAUUUUACAGGAAAUAGCAUGUGAAGGACAUCAGCCUCCACAUUUCUCUCCGUUUCUGUCUUGGUCUUUCAAUCUUGACAUCUUGAAUGACAUGCAUCAUGAACAUUUCACGUCUUUGGAUAUUUGUUGGUGCUCUGGUGUCUUCAAAUGCUCUGAACCGCUGGAGUGAAAGAUGUACAGAUGUCAGCAUCAAUGCCUCUCUGAAAUCUCAAGUCUUUCUUCCGUGUCACUUUAAUACAAGUUUGAAUGACACGGUGAUAUGGAGACACCUUAACAAUGGAGACACUCUUGUAAAGAUCAUUACUGAUGGCAGAAUCUACUUUAACAAUCCUAGAGAAGGACGAGUGACUGCUUUUCCGCUUUUAGUCGAGGAAGGAAACUUCUCCAUCCUCGUCCAUGAUCUGGAGUCGUCAGAGGUCGGCGUGUACUUUUGUGAGUGGAACAGUGAAUGCUGGAGAGUGAAGAUCACAGAAUUACAGCAUCAUUCAUCGCAAGAAGGAUAUUAUUUAAAUCCCUGGCUCUACUUUGCUGCCGGAGCUGGGUUGUUUAUCAUGCUUUUCAUUAUAUUCAGCAUGAUUUCAAAAUUAUUUGAAAAGGAUAAAUCAUCCGAGUCUAACUCUGUUAAUGUAAUACAUAGUGAAGGCAACUAUCCCGCUGAAGAAAGCAGACGUCACAGAAAUAACCGGGGUCCGAGAAGGGGACCUUCAGUUGUUUAUGAAAAUGAUGUACCUGCAUCAAAUCCCAGUUCUGCUGUGCAGCACGGGCAACAUCCUCAGAGAGCCUUCACAGCUGUUCCUGAGCCAACUAGUCAUUCAUCAGAUGUAAAACCAUACUAUGUCAACCAGGCGGAGCUUUCCAUUCCAACCAAUGCUGGCAAAAAACGGAAAAAACAAAAGCCAGUCUACCAGUUCAAAAACCCAAUAUACGCAGAAUGAAGCCACCAGAAGUCCGACUGGGAUGACAGAAUCCAGUUCCACAGUGCACAGAAUAUUUUUUUUUGUCUGUAUCACAAACUAAACAGUUUGGUAUCUCAAUAAAUGUUAAUGUUUAAUGUCA